ACGCCUUGACCUCCCCCACAUUCCUUUAAUAUAUCCUCACAUCCCUACGACACAUCUCUUUUUGUAUCAUCUCCUAUCAUCCUUGUCCUUGUUAUUGUUACGCCACUCGACUACCGCAACGUCGCCAUCAUGAGCGUUCAACGAGAUCCUCGUGAUUCCAUGACCUCGACAUGGCGGAAGGAUCGCAAGCAGUGGACCAUUUUCCACUACCUCAUCGACUGGCUUCAACUUUAUGGCUCCAACAUGGACCAAGAUGUCCCAGUCUUCAAGAAGACUGAUAAAAUGGCCUGGAUCCCGCACAUUGAACAGCACAAGUGGAUCGUUCUACAUGCACUGUGGCCUUUUGCGGUCCAACAAGCCUACAUCUCCUUGUACGGCAAGAACUGGAGUCCAGUCUUCUCCUUCAUUUUCUAUAACGUCGCCUUCACCCUCAAUGCCGUGCAUCAACUCCACAUGAUGCGCGGGCUCGGACAUAUCCACGGCUUCCUCGAUGGAGAUGUCCACGGCCGUGACGAGAUUCCGGAUCACAGUGUCGGCAGCGUCGUUCGCAGUCUGAUUUCCACCGCAACUUUCCGACCCAUGAUGUCCGUCUUCCUAGCAUACCGCACCAGUCAAGGCCCGCUGACGAUGAGCUUAUGGACGCCCGUCGAGAUUGGUCUUUACGGCAUCAUCCUUGACUUCUGGUUCUACUGGUACCACCGAUGCAUGCACCACUUCGACGGACUCUGGAAAUUCCACCGCCGCCACCACCUGACCAAGCACCCCAACCCUCUCCUCACCCUCUACGCCGAUACUGAGCAAGAGAUCUUCGACAUUGCCAUAAUCCCAUUGAUGACUUACCUCACACUGCGGUUCAUGGGUUUCCCUAUGGGAUUCUACGACUGGUGGUUGUGCCAUCAAUACAUCGUCUUCACAGAAUUAUGGGGCCACUCCGGCAUCCGUGUUUAUGCCACGCCCGCAAACCCACUUGCACUCUUCCUCCGUUUCUUUGACGCCGAACUGGCAAUCGAAGACCAUGAUCUACACCAUCGCAAGGGCUGGAAGAAGAGCAUGAACUACGGCAAGCAGACACUACUCUGGGAUCGUGCAUUCAAGACUGCCGGCGAUCGCAUUGAAACUAAACCUGAGCUUGUCGAUUACAACAGCCCAAUCACUCUUAAUGUCUUCGGUUGAGGGGAGUACGAUGUGGCACGUGGGUGCAAUGUUGAUGUAGAUGUAUGUCAAAUUGUCUUCGUCGCUCGUUCCACUGCGCAGUCCCACUUCAAAUUGACGUCUCUCCUUUGAGACUUCCGGCCGACUGCAAAUCAUCCCGCCCAAGCAGGGCCAGAUAAGUCGGGAGAGAUCCCAACAGGACGCAGUGGACGAUUGGGAGGAAGGGGGCGAUCGAGAUCAUAUUGGAUAUUGGGCAGUUGACUACGGCGGAGAUCUGAAUACGCGUAUACCCGACAUGUUUGGAAGUUUAUUGCAGAUUUAUUCCCAAUAUAUAGACUAGAAACAAAUGACACAGUCUUUACAGCUGAUAUUGCUUGGUAUGUUUUCUCAUACCGUUUUGAGGGCAAUUUUUACGCUUAC